AAGACGCACGGCUGUUUUGGCUGUUUGUUUCAAUAUCCGGCGAGUGGUAGAAGAACAAGAAAUGUUGGAAAUGUUAGCUGGCUAGCUAACAGCUGGAUAUUGUGUUUUUGAGGCUCAUCCUGUCAAUUUGAUGCCUAGGCACAUAGUGAGUGUGCAUGCGUGUGGUGGCGUGAGCGAGACAGUGGGGGACUCGGGAAGCCGGUGCAUGUGGCCAUCAUGGCGGACCGGCAGGACUUGAGUGACGACGAUGACGUCAUUCACCUGGCCAGCUUCAACACACAUCGAAGUCCAGGCAAGAGACGGAGAAAGAGGAGGGUACAUGGUGCGGAACCGUUGGCCAUUACGAUAUCUGACGACUCGGACGAGGAGCCAGGCUCCAGUCGACAGCGGAUGCCGGUUCUGGCCAAGGAGGAGGACGACGAUGAAGUCAAAAUACUGGAGUCUCCUGUGUCGCAACCAAAACAGCUGAUACGACCGGCUGCCAAAUGGGGGGGUGCGCCCUCACAGUUAACCCCCUCGGCGUUUACCCAAGCGCCCACGCAGAGACCCCAAGCCUCAGACGCCUCAAGGCCCUCCGUCUCCCACCCCGCCACAUCAGGAAACAAAGCCAUACAUCUCAAACGCGAGGACCACGACGCUGUGCCGUCUACGUCGAGAGACACCGCAGCCUACCCCUCCACAUCCAGAGACACUAGUACUAGCAAUGCCUACCACAGACCUCUAAUGCCUACUGCCAACGCGCAGACCCAGUAUGUAGCGCCCGUGCCCACGUUUGCCACGUUCGCCCACCAGGCCGCACAGAUUGUAGUCCGACCCAAGGCCCAGCCUCUGCUCAGGCCUGCUGCCCUCUUGCACACGUCGGUGGGCGUGCAGCCUCACAGCGGGACUCAAGGUGGCACCACCGCCGCUGCUGCUGUGGCGGUCGCCCCCAUUGCCCCUCCUCAGGAAAGACCCGCGGCCGCUCCCAUGGCCACCACAGCCACCGUCGUCGUCGUCAACAACGUGGCCAUCAGCGCCACCGCCGUAGCAGUGGCGCCGCUGAAUACACACGCGCCCUCCAACCCUGUGGCUCUCAUCGCCCCCAAGGCGGAGAGGGUGCUGGGGAACCCCGCCAGGCCGGCCGAGCCCCCGGCCCAGGUGGAUGACGAGAGGCCCGGCCCCUCCGCGCCCAGGGAAGGACAGAUGCAGCGUCAGGAGCCCACCGCGCAGCAGCUUGUCAGGGAAGUGGUGACCCUGUUCCCUGAUGUGGAGGAAGCCUACUUGACUGACUUCAUUGAGAGAAACAACAUUAAAGAUCUCAAUACAAUAUGCAAUGUGCUGUUGGAGAGCCCUAAUUAUCCAAGGAAAGAUAAUGCAGUCCUGGCACCCUCCAGCAGCCUGUUGGAACCAAGUGAGGAAACACAGGAAAGUCAGGAAGACUACUUUGACUACUCCAAGCUUCAGCAGGUGAGUCCUGCGGUGGUGAUGCAGGCCGCCGACAUGCUGAUGAGGGACUUUCGUAUGCUCAGCUGCCAGGACAUCCGCUGGACCCUCAACUCCCUCAAGGGACACUAUGCAAUCACCCGCAAGGCCUUAUUUGAUGCCCUCAAGAAAUGGCAGGAGAAUGCCAAGGACAUUGCACAGGCGAAAAAGAAACGGAGAGAGACGAACGAGCGAAUCUACAUGGACUUCAGCUUUGAGCAGGGUCCGCUGAAGCUGAAGAGGCGCAUGUACUUCCUGGAGAAGAAGCGCAAGAGCUGGAACGGGCCGGCGAGGAUGGACCCCUCGCUCAACAAGGAGCUGGAGGCCUACCAGCAGAAAGCCAAGGAGAUGGCCGAGCACGAGGACUUCUUACUGGCUCUGCAAGUGAAUGAAGAACAGUACAUAAAGGACGGGCAGCUGAUUGAGUGUGGCUGCUGCUGUGGGGAGUUUGCCUUUGAGGAGAUGACUCAGUGCACGGACGGCCAUCUCUUCUGCAAAGAGUGCCUGGUCAAGUACGCACAGGAGGCCGUCUUCGGCUCAGGGAGGUCGGAACUCAGCUGUAUGGAUGGGAACUGCACAUGUUCCUUUGCUGCAAGUGAGCUGGAGAAGGUUCUACCAGAGAACGUUCUGCUUAAGUACUAUGAGCGGCAGGCCGAAGAGGCUGUGGCCGCGACCUGUGGAGACGAGCUGGUCAGAUGUCCUUUCUGCAACUUCCCCGCUCUACUGGACAAGGACAUCUCCCUCUUCAGCUGUCCAAACCCCCGCUGCAGGAAGGAGAGCUGCCGGAAGUGCCAGGUGAUGUGGAAGGAGCACGUGGGGAAGACGUGCGAGCAGGUGAUGGAGAGGGACGAGAUCAAGCUGCGGGUGGCCUUUGAGGAGAAGAUGACGGCAGCUCGUGUGAGAAAGUGUACUAAGUGCAGCAUGUCACUGGUGAAGACGGAGGGCUGCAACCGCAUGCCGUGCCGCUGCGGGGCCUUCAUGUGCUACCUGUGCCGCCAGCCCAUCACCGGGUACAACCACUUCUGCCAGCACGCACGCUCCCCCGGGGCCCCCUGCAGGCAGUGCAAGAGGUGCUCGCUCUGGUCCGACCCCACGGAGGACGAUGAGCGCAUUAUUCAGGAGAUCCAGAAGGCGGGGGAAGCUGAGCUCAACAAAAACUCAGAAUCUGCAGCGAAGCGCGUGGGCCCUCCUCCUGAGCCUGUGGUUGUCAAGCGUCCCCGGCCGGCAGCCCCAGUCCCCAACCCCGCCAACCCCGUCCCCCACCGCUACCCUCCCAUACAGCUUGUGCGGCAGGUCUUACUGCAGCCCGGCCUCGCUCCACCCCAACACCAGCACCAGCAUCCGCAACAGCAGCACCGGCAGCACCAUCGCGGCGUCCUCUUCCACCCACCCAUCCCCGCGCCCUACGCUCCCCCCAUGCCCAACAUGCCUCUGCCCCCACCAGCACCACACCUCGCCCGAAACAUGCACGCCAACAUCAACUUCAACUUGCCUAUGCACUACGGACCUCAUCAGCGCUUCUUUAGGCCUCUGUGAGGUCCUGUUACACCCCCCCCCCCCAAAAAAAAACCCCUCUCCCCUUCUGCCUGCCGACGAUGUCAUGGGGGUGGGGGGGGCUCCUCACUGCUGCCACCCUCAACCCCUGUUGCUUUUUGGUUAUGCCUCCCUUUGCUGACGUUAGUUUCUAUCUUUUGUGUUUUUUACACUUUUUGUCAAGGGACUGGUGAGUCUGUUAACAGAGGCUAAGAGAAUAAAAAAGCAGUGCCUGUUGGGCUCUUUUUUGGACACAAGGAGUAUAUUUUUUGAAGCACAAACUGUUGACCUGUUAAGGAAGAAAAUAAUAUUGUUCUUUUUGUUGAAAAAAAAUAAAAAUCCUUCGGUCGA